CAUUAGAUAGAUGUUCUUCCUUCCAGACAGAUUUCUGCUGUAACUCCAGCAGCUGUGAAAUCUGAUGUUUUUUGAUAAAAAGGUUUUAAAUAUCACUUUCUCUCAAUAAGUGUGAUUUUAAAAUCUGUGUAGUUUAAAAAUCUGUUUUCUUUUAUGCAGAAAACUCAUCAGGUGAUCCAUCCUCAUCCUCCUGUAAACCAGUCACCAUGGCAGUGAACAUCUCAUACAGACAUGAUAACACCAAAUACAGAUUUGAGAUCAUUCCAGGAUCUCCUUCUGUCUACCGGCUGAUACCAGAACAAAAGAACAUUGGCUCUAUAAGAAGACUGACUCUCGGGGAAAGAGAUCCAACAAAGAUAAACAAAACCAUCUUGCUUGUUGGUGAAACAGAAACAGGAAAAUCAUCUCUGAUCAACGCUCUGGUUAACUACGCCCUGGGAGUUAAGUUUGAGGACAAUGUCUGUUUUCAGAUCGUAGAGGAAGAGAAGAAGAGUCAAUCAGAAACUCAGACGUCAGACGUGAUCGUGUACGAGGUCUUUGGUCAUGAAGACAGAACUCUGCCCUUCUCUCUGACCAUCAUCGAUACCCCCGGGUUUGGACAUACCAAAGGGAUUGAACAAGAUGUCCUCGUCAGCGAAAGAUUGUUGGACUUGUUCCGCUCAACAGAUGGAGUUCAUGAGAUCGAUGCAGUGUGUCUGGUGCUGAAAGGGAUUGACAAUCGACUGAGUGACCGACUGACAUACGUCUUUGAUUCAGUGGUGUCUCUGUUUGGAAAAGACAUAGAGAAGAACAUUGUUGCCCUCAUCACAUAUUCAGAUUUUUUGAGCACUGAUAAUGUUCUACAAGCUCUGAAAGAUGCGCAAAUCGGGUGUGCAAAAGACAAGGAGGGUCAGCCUGUUCAUUUCAUGUUUAAUAACAGGCAGAAUAUAGAGAGAAUGAAGAGAAAUGAAAAUGAGCGUGCUCUAAAGAAUGCAUGGGAAUCAACAGACAAAGAAAUUGGUCGAUUCGCAGAUUUCCUGAAAAACAAACAAACAAAGAACCUGAAAGAAACUGUUGAAGUGUUGAAUUCACGCAUCAGACUGACAGCAUGUAUCCACAACCUGCAGGAGAGGAUUGAGUUCAUUGAACUGAAACAGAGAGAGAUCCAACAGACUCAGGAAGGUCUGAAGAAACACGAACAAGACAUGAAGAAUAACAAGGACUUCACAAUAGAAGUUGAUGAAGUCUAUACAUGUAAAGAACCUGUCAGUGAGAGUAGAUGGUGGGCGUUCAACUAUGGAGGAGCUGUCUGCUGUGAAGUCUGUGAGGAGACUUGUCACUAUCCAUGCCCAGUGACCCUGUAUCCAAGACAGAGUGAGGUCAUGCAAUACAAAUGCACAAUAUGCAACAAAAAGUGUAGUGUAUCAGGCCAUAAGAAUGAGCUCUACUGCACGGUGUGUACUGGUCAGUGUCAUGUAUCCAACCACGUGAACGAAAAACAAUGCAUUGCAUGUGAGGAUGAGUGCAGUGAUCCAGAUCAUCUGAAAACACACUGGAGAUAUGUGAACAAGACCAGGAGAGUUAAGAAGACCAUACAACAGAUGAAAGAGAUGUUUGAGAAGGGUAAAAAAGACAGUGAGAAGUCAGUGAGCCUUUUGGAAACUCUCCAGGAGAAAAUGACAGAGCUCCAGAAAGACAAAGAUCAGCGGCUGGAAGAGUCUUUCCAACAUGUUGUGUAACUGGAGAAGAUCGCUCUGAAUGUUGUUUCUCUGGCCACUCAGGUCCACCUGGACUUCCUGAUUGAGAAGAUGAAGGAGAAUGGAGAAACAGAGAAGGUCAAGAAACUGGAAAGGAUGAAAAGCAAAACGGAUCAAAAUCCAAGAGUCAAAUCAGCGCUGAGCUACUUGUCUGGUAAAACAACAGCUAUUGGUAAAGCCACUAGGGAUCUCCUCAGAGGGAACACAGCUGAGUAGAAAAAAAGCUCUACACUUUGAUGAAAGGUAUUUCAUUAUACCAAGUGUGAUGUUGAUAUAAUGUUUUCAUAUUUUACGUGUCAUCACCUUUUUUAAAUGUUUUAAUUCCUGCAAACAGCACCCUUUGUGGUUUACCGGUCAAUAACCAAUCCUUACUUCACGUUAUUACGUUAUAUAAUUCAUAUUUUCCACGUGCGGGUUCCCUUUGUCCUUUGUGACCCAAAGUCUCUCCUCACAAAGUCCGUGAAGUUCCGCAUGCAGCCCAAACUGUAGCUAACUGUGCAUGCUCCUCCAGCUGGUUACCAAGCAGAAGAAGAAGAAGAAAACAAACUGAAGGAUUGUUUGGAAGAGAUGUUGAAUGAGGAUACUCGUCGUUACCAGCAUGAAUAUAAUUGAGAGAGUUUGUGGAGCUCCAGACGAACACAGACCCUCAAUUGUUGCUCUGGUUUCAAAUUGAGGAAAGAGCCCCCCCUGCUGUUCAAUGCUAGCUACAGCAGCUCUCUCUCCUCUAUAUACAAAGUAUGGCAAAUAAACCAAUGCAUUAUUUCAUGAAUUGUUCUUUUCAUGUAAAGUAAAUUGACUGAGGCAUAUACUUUUGGAAUAAGAAAAGGAUGCCUUUGAAUCUUUAGGUGACAGUUCUGCAGAAAGACUUUGCAGCUCUUGAGGCUUUUUACUGAUAUUUAAACUAUGUUUGGUGUAAAAGACGAUGUGUGAUCAUUUGUUCUGAUGUUAUUGUGUAUUCUCCACAUAUGAGGAUGUUUAACCUGCAGCUCAGUCUCUUCCAAAUCACACUCAUCACAUGUACUGCAUAUAAAAGAGACGCAGCUUUCUGCUGGGAAGUAGAACAAAGAAAAGCCUCCAUUUUAGUUUGUUUAUGAGUUGCAUUUCAGCAGUUUGCAUUUAUUACUUUUUAGAUGUUCAUCAGUAGUUGCUUUAUUUUGAGACUUGAUUGUUGUCAGUUGAGUUCAUCUUUUUUCUUCAUCAUUUGAUCAUGUUUGCAUAACAUGCUGAUGUGUGUGGUGUUUCUUUAACCAUGUAUGAUGAUGAUCACACCUUGAAUGUGUUGGAUAUGAAACAGGUGUCAGUGACGACAGAUUUGAAAGAAAAGUCUCCUGUUUUUCAGAUUUGCAUUCAGUUACUUUGCAUUUUUACCUUUUUAGAUAUUAAGCAUUUAUGGUUUUAUUUUGAGACUUGAGUUUCAGCAGUUUAGUUCAGAUUGUUUUUCUUUAUCAUGUAAUCAUUGUUAUCAUGUGUAAUCAUUUGUAACCAUAUAUCAAGUGAGUAAAUAAAAACAAGUAGACUGAUGUGGUCUACUGAAAGACA